ACUGGGGACAGAACUAGCAUCCUUUUGGUGCAUGGCGAUGCUCCAACCAACUGAGCCCCUAGCUGAGCCACACUGGCCAGGGCAUCUAAUUCUUGGUACUGCCCCUUAAAUGUGUGAAGACAAGUACAUCCAAAGGCUAAAGAGAUUUUAGAUAACAGAAGGCUUUAAAAAGUAACACCAUGUACCUUCUUUGGAUUGUUUGAGUUGCAGGGACAGCUGCUCUUUAGCCUUCAGCUGACCUCAGAAACUAGACAUACUUAUUUUAAGCUUUGUCCCAUUGGCCACUGUGGGCAGGAGUGGAAAGCACCUGCCAGGUGUUGCCAUAAGAUUGACUCAGCCAACAGGAAACUUCUAAAAGCUUCGUGGUUUAAGAAUAGCCUCCUCCCAACCCCACCUUUCUUUCCUUGGCAUUCAAACCACAGCAUGAAUUGAGCGCCCCCUGUGUGCGGGGCUCGGUAACGAGCAAACACGGGUGACGUUGCCUCUUUCCAGAGUGUUUUACGCACCCAAUAUAUUAGGUCCUCACGACCACCCUUCUGCAAGUGCCUUCGGUUCCUAUUUCACUAAUGAGACUAACUGGCAAAGAGUCUCGGGCCGUGGGAUAAGACAUGUCCCUGUGAGUAACUUCCCUGUGACCUUGACCAAGCCGCUUGCCCAGUGAGAGUUGACCGUGAGGUUUCUUCCCGUUGGAACAUUCAUUCCUGCCGAGGGUCACGAGUGCGUAACCGCCGCUGGUGCUGGGUCACAAACCCAAGGCGUGAUUUAACCACGCUUUCGUCCCAAGAGGGAGGAAGGGAGAAACUGGAAGCGUGUAUCCCCGCCUCCGCAGACUCCCGAGGCAGGGGCUCGGGCCGGCGCCCACGCUCCGGGCAGAAUCAACUACGGUGCCCGGGAAGGGUCGUCUCGUUCCUCGCGAAGGCUUCCCCUUCCGCCAGUCACCGCACCAGGGCAGCCCCUCCCGUCGCCGGAAGAAGGCGUUGCCCUGAGCAACUGUAACGUCCGGCGGUCGGAGUUUGGCGGCGGGAAAGGCCAUGAGUAAAGGCCGGGCUGAAGCCGCGACUGGAGCCCCCGGGAUCCUUCUGAAGUACCUGCAGGAGCAGAACCGGCCCUACAGCGCCCAGGAUGUGUUCGGGAACCUGCAGCGGGAACACGGACUGGGCAAAGCGGCUGUGGUGAAGGCGCUGGAGCAGCUGGCCCAACAAGGCAAGAUCAAAGAGAAGAUGUAUGGCAAGCAGAAGAUAUAUUUUGCGGACCAGGACCAGUUUGAAAUGGUGAGUGAUGCCGACCUCCAAAGCCUGGAUGCCAAAAUUGUGACCCUCACUGCCAAGGUGCAGAGCUUGCAGCAGAGCUGCCGCCACAUGGAGGCUGAGCUGAAGGAGUUGAGUAGUGCCCUGACCACACCGGAGAUGCAGAAAGAGAUCCAGGAAUUAAAGAAGGAAUGUGCUGGCUAUACAGAGAGAUUGAAGAACAUCAAAGCAGCCACCAACCAUGUGACCCCAGAAGAGAAAGAACAGGUGUACAGAGAGAGGCAGAAGUACUGCAAGGAGUGGAGGAAGCGCAAGAGAAUGGCAACAGAGCUGUGUGAUGCAAUCCUUGAAGGAUACCCCAAGAGCAAGAAGCAGUUCUUUGAGGAAGUUGGGAUAGAGACAGAUGAAGAUUAUAACGUCAAACUCCCAGACCCUUGAGAGCCCCUGUAGUGGGAUUGGGUAUGGGGACAGAGAUCUCCCAGACUGGCUGCUGUUCAGGCCAGCUUUUUUGUUGUUGUUACUGCUGCUUUCCACCUUCGACCAGAGCAUUUGGGAGAGGGGCAUAAACCAGAGUACCAGGCAGAGAGGGAGGGGAGUGCUAGUCACCCAGAGUAGACGGUUAUGCUCAUUACAUGGUCCACAUUUCAACUGCUUGAGCUUAACACUUAGACUUGGAACAGAGCUAAAGGAAAGCAUUUGGCAAUAUUUAUU